GCGCUUUCCUCAUCCCAUACUGCAUCUGUGUUUUCGUUUGUGGAAUCCCCCUGUAUUUUCUAGAAGCGGCUUUGGGUCAGUUCGUCUCCGGCAGCGUCAUACGUGCCUGGAACCUGUGCCCACUGUUUAAAGGAAAGUUGUAUUUCUUUCAAGCAUUGCUGUUAUUAUAUCUUGUAU